UCUCUCUCUCUCUCUCUCUCUGUAUGUAGUUCACUUCAGUCGGAGCUCCGUUUCUUCUUACGCUGUGACGGUGAUGAUUUGAUUGAUCAUCGCCUCAGUUAAAUACGCUGACGGAAACGAAGACGUGCCUGUGCUGAGAUUUUACAGUCACUUUUAGAUGUAUUAUCGUUGUCUUUGCUCGGUCGCUUUUCAUUUUCUUUUUUCCUUCCCUUGAAAAAGUUUGCUGGAGACAUCGAACCCAGCUGGAGACCGCAGAUGGAAGGAUUCCCAGCGGCAGCGAAGGCACCUUCUUCUUCAAGAAUGGACUUGGAAUCACUGAGAAGGUGAAGGCUGUUCGUGUUAAAUGCUCGCUCCACGACUUCCCACCACGCAGCACCGGCUCAUAUAACGGCUGUUAGUUCAGAGACUGUGUCUUCCGUUUGCAGACUGUUCACCAUGGCAUCUAGUUUGACAUGUACUGGUGUAAUCUGGGCGCUGCUGUCCCUCCUUUGCGCUGCUGCUUCCUGCGUUGGUUUCUUCAUGCCCUACUGGCUGCUGGGAACCCAGAUGGACAAGCCUGUGUCAUUUGGCACCUUUCGCCGCUGCUCGUACCCAGUGCGGGAUGAAGAGAGGCAGGCCACGGUGAUGCUGGAGCAGUGUGGGCGCUAUGCCUCCUUCUAUGGAAUCCCAAGCUUGGAGUGGAGAAUCUGCACGGUGGUGACAGGUGUGGGAUGUGGCCUCCUCCUGCUGGUGGCGCUCACAGCUCUCAUGGGCUGCUGCAUCUCUGAUCUCAUCUCACGUACAAUUGGCCGUGUGGCUGGCGGCAUCCAGUUUGUUGGGGGUCUGCUCAUAGGAUCGGGCUGUGCUCUCUAUCCACUGGGGUGGGACAGUGAGGAAGUACAGCAGACCUGCAACAACAGUUCAGACCAGUUUCAGCUCGGCUCCUGCCAGAUCGGCUGGGCGUAUUACUGCACGGGAGCAGGCGCGGCGGGCGCCAUGCUGCUGUGUACCUGGCUGUCCUGUUUUGCAGGGAAGAAGCAGAAGCAGUACCCGUACUGAGGGAGGAAGGUGAGACACGGGGAGAGGAUUCUGCUUGUGUGGACUCACAACAGUACAGCACAUCAGGCACCAAAGACACUAAGUCACUACGGUGCUCUGCACAUCACGGACACGACUCAUCCAACAACUGCAGGGACUGUUUCAUAAUGCAGCACUCUGACACAGCUUUGAAAACAGCUUCUUGUGUUAAUGAAAAGUAUAUUACGGACCAAUCCUGUUUGUAAAGAAAAAAAAAAGUUCUAUACAUUUCUUGAACAAAAAUUGUUCUCUUUUGUCUUCCCUUCUUCCAUCAUUGACGUUUAUGUGGUGGUGCCCCCUGUGAUGAAGAGAAAAGUAAUAUUGCUACAGUGUUACGUGAAGUGUUUCUGUAUCUUCUUUAUGUCUCAUCUUUGCCUUAAAUACAAAUGAAAUGCAAUAAUCCUUAAAGCAAUCUGACGCUGGGCUGCCUGUUUCCUGAACUCAGCCUUUUCAGAGUCCAAAAACCCAAGCAUAGUUUAUUUAACAUAAAAUACCAUAAGUUGUGUAUGAUAAUGUAUUUUAUCAUAUUAGCACGUUUUUCACUCUUCCAAUAACUGUCAUUAUAUUUGUUUUGUAAAUAAAUGUUUACUGAAAUUCA